GAGACGGGUUAAUUGGAGUUUUAAUUUGCGGAUAUAUAGAUUUGUGUUAUAGCUUGAUAUUGAAAAUUGUGCAGUUACUCCAACUAAAAUUUUGCAUACUUUUUUUUUAUUUUAUAAUUUUAAAAAUAUGUGUCGGCAUUAAAAAUUAUUAUGAAAAACUGAAGAAGCAUUAUAAUAGAAAAAUAAUUUCUUUGUAAUUUAUAAAAGAAACAAAAAAAAAAUAGCAAAAAUUAGUAAAAUUAUUUUCUUUCAAAAAUAAAAUUACAAAAAUUACCGGUGGAAUAUAACAAAAAUUACAGUUAUCAAGAGAGAAGGCAGACUAUGCCCAGCAAGAGAAAUUUCAAGGAUUACUUAAAAAAGUUUUAUGAUCAAUCAUUCGUUUUGUUUUUGGAUUAUACCUACUAAUUAUAAUAUUUUUAUGUGAAUUGAAAUAAAAUUUCAACAAUUUAUUGUAUUUUCAUAACAUUCUAAAUACAAUAUAAAAAUAUAAAAAAUAUUAAUAUUUUUGUGCCAGAAAGAUAGUUAAAGUGAAAAUUUAUAAAAGAUUAUUUUGAAUAAAAAAAAAACAAGAAUAUUCGGGAAUUUGUACUCAAAUUCUCUUAAAAUAUUUUUUAGUAUUUGCCGUUAAUCGUACAACAUUCGAUUCUAAUAACAAGUGAAAUUUUAUUGGUCAAUUGAUAAUUUUUGUUUAUAAAUUUUAUACUGACAACUCUAAUUUAAAAAAACAAAAAAAAAUACCAAAAUACACAAUUAGACCAUGUGCUUUCAAAAUCAUUAAGUAAAAAAAUAUUAAAAAAAAUUAAAAUUUAAAGUAAUAAAAGGAUUCAGUUUUCCACUAAAUUUGAAAAUUAAAAAAGAUAAUAAAUUUAUUUUAAAAUUUUUUUUUUCAAAAAUACCUAAAUAAUUUUUAAAACAAUCAUUAGUGUUGAAAAUUAAUUUAAUUUGCAAGUGGGAGACGCUUAACACUUUUUCUGUCUGUGACAGCAUACCAUGCUAAAAUUUCCAUAUAUUAUUAGGAAAAUAUUAAAAUAAAAUAACAAAAUUUAAAAAAGUAUAAAAAUUAAUAAUUGAAAAGAAGAAAAAAUAAAUGUAUCUAAAAUACAGGGUGUACUAUAAAGUGUUAUUUUAAAAAACAAAAUAGAAAAAUGAAUAUUUAAUAAGUUAUUUUUUGUUUUUUUUUUUUUAAUUUUAUAACAAAGAAAAGUUUUUCCUCAUAAAAUUAUUUUACCAAAUGAAAAGUAAAUUUUACUAAAAUAAAAUGUGCACACAAUGUAGAUUAUUAUGAAAAUGACGAAUUUCCAUUGAAACUUAAAAGAAGUUCUUCUUCAACAUCAAAGCAAAAAAUAUCUGCCUACUUUUAACUAAAUUAAUUUAAUCUAGUUUAUAAUUAAAAAAAUAUAUCUAACCUUCUAAUUACCAACUUAUUUCUAUCUUCUUAUACUAUACAAGUUACUUAAAAAAAAUAUAAGUAAUCAAUAAUAAUUUUUUUAUUCCGAAAAGAUCUCAAAAUAAAUAAUAAUUAUCAAAAUAUUAAGUUGAUUAACUUAAAUUUAAAAAAAAAAAAAGUAAUUUAAAUACUUACUUGCGCUGCAUAUUUUUUUUUUAUUUAUGAAAAAAUUCUAUUGUGAAAAAUUAAUAAAAAUAUAAGAAGUGAUUUUAAAAUUUAUAACAAUUAAAUAUCUAUACAUACAUAUAUAAUUGCACACAUGUUACCUAGCUACUAGUAAAGCCAACUUAUCGGCUUUUAACAAUUAAAGGAUAUAAAUGCUUAUACUAGUUUAUAUUUUAGUAUAAUGUGUAUAUGUAUGUCUAAAGUAUAAAAUUAUAUAAGGAAUCUUUAUUUAACAAUAAUCCCCCCCACCCAUAAGUGAUUUCUAAAUAUAAUUUAUACAUAUGUAUAUAUAUAUGUUUACGAAUAUAUAUAUCUAUAUAUAUAUACAAUAAAUUUUUAAUAUAUAAUAAUUAAGAAAGGUGAAGAAAAAAAUUCAAUCGAACACAAUUAAAAUUAAAAAAAAACAAAAAACAGUCAAAAUGCAUUGGAUUAAAUUAUUCUUGUUUGCAUGGAUUUUUACUUUAGUGAUAUUCAUUAAUCAGGUUCAAAGUUCCGGUAUAUUUGAACUUAGAUUAAAAUAUUUUAGUAAUGAACUAGGACGUGAUAAUGAAGGUAAAUGUUGUAGUGGUCAUAUUGAUCCAUUAACGAAUCGUUGUACGGGUACAUGUAAGACACGUUUUCGUGUUUGUUUAAAACAUUAUCAAGCAAAAAUUGAUAUAACAUCACAAUGUACAUUUGGUGAUGUAUAUACACCCAUAUUAGGUGAAAAUUCAAUAAAUUUACAAACAAAUUUAACUAGUGAUAAUAAUAAUAUUAACAAUAAUAAUAACAAUAAUAAUAACGGUAAUAUUAAUCACAAUAAUAACAACGGUAAUAAUAAUAACAGUAAUAUUAAUAAUAAUAGUAAUAAUAAUAAUUACAAUAACAAUAAUAAUAAUAACAAUAAUAGUAAUUUGGAUAAUACUAGCAGUAAUAGUCAACAACCAAUUGGAUUUUUAAAUCCAAUACCAUUUCAAUUUAAUUUCGCAUGGCCGGGUACUUUCACAUUAAUUGUGGAAGCAUGGCAUGAUACAAAUAAUGAAACAUACGCAAAAGCUUCACGCGUUUUAAUAUCUAGACUAUCACUACAAGGUGUAUUAAAUGUAUCAUCAAAUUGGACUGAAAAAUCAAGUGUUAUAAAAAAUUCAACAUUAUUAUAUGAUUAUCGGGUGCUAUGUGAAAAUCAUUAUUAUGGAGCAGGUUGCGCUAAUUUAUGUCGACCACGUGACGAUAGUUUUGGUCAUUAUACAUGCUCAGAUACUGGAGAAAUAAUAUGUUUAUCGGGAUGGUAUGGUGAUUAUUGUGAAAAACCACGAUGUUUGAAAGGUUGUAAUGACUUGCAUGGACAUUGUACAAAACCGAAUGAAUGCACGUGUCAAUCUGGUUGGAAAGGACCAUUAUGUAAUGAAUGUGAAUUAUAUCCCGGCUGUAUUCAUGGCACAUGCACAAAACAAUGGGAAUGCCUUUGUAAUGAAGGAUGGGGUGGUCUAUUUUGUAAUCAAGAUUUAAAUUAUUGUACAAAUCACCGACCCUGUCAAAAUAACGGUACUUGCCGUAAUACUGGAUCUGGUUUAUAUACUUGUGAAUGCCCUCCAGGAUUUACUGGAACUGAUUGUGAAAAAAGUAUUAACAGUUGCCAAGAUUUUCCAUGUUUAAAUGGUGGAUCAUGUCAUGAUGAUGCUUUAAAUAAAAGUUAUCGUUGUGAAUGUAAACAAGGUUGGUCGGGACGUCACUGUGAAAAAAAACGUAUUACUUGUGCUGAAAAACCAUGCUUACAUGGAAAAUGCCGUGACACCAAAUUGGGGUUUCAAUGUGAAUGUCCAGCUGGAUAUAGUGGUAUAAAUUGUGAACAAACACAAACUGAUGAAUGUAAUCCAAAUCCAUGCCAACAUGGUGGUACAUGUUUACAAAAAACGAAUGGUGCUGCGGCAGAAUGUAUAUGUAAAUCAGGGUUUAUUGGUGAUAGGUGUGAACAAAAUGUUGAUGACUGUCAAGGAAAUCCAUGUAUGAAUGGUGGUACAUGUGUUGAUAUGAUAAACCAAUUUCGAUGUCAAUGUGUCCCUGGUUUUAUUGGAUCCUUGUGUUCGGAAAAAGUUGAUUUAUGUUUGACGAAACCAUGUGCAAAUGGUGGAACUUGUACAACUUUAAGUAAUGAUUAUAAAUGCCAAUGUAGACAGGGUUUCACUGGAAAAGAUUGUAGUACUGAUAUUGAUGAAUGUGCAUCGAAUCCAUGUCAUAAUGGUGCAACAUGUGUUAAUCGAGUAAACAGUUUUCAAUGUUUAUGUGCUGGAGGCUUUGGUGGACAUCAAUGUGACGAUGAAGUUUAUGCACCAUCAUUUGGUGCACAUCAAUAUGGUACUUUACAAGGUCAAAAUGAUGGUUUAACUGGUGGACAAGUUGUUUUAAUUGCAAUAUUAUCAGUUGCAAUGCCAGUUAUUGCUGUAAUUGCUGCAUGUGUUGUAAUUUGUAUGAAGCGUAAACGUAAACGGGAUCAAGAAAAGGAUGAUGCAGAAGCAAGGAAACAAAAUGAACAAAAUGCUACAGCACACCAUGGUACUACUUUAUCAUCGAAACGUAGUUCAAGUAGCGGUUUAACUUUUGAUAAUUCAAAUCCGAAUAUAAUUAAAAAUACAUGGGAUAAAAGCGUUAAUAAUAUAUCAAGCUCAGCUAGUGUUGAUGAUUGUUUGUUAACAACUAGCUUAUAUGGUGCUAUGUCAAAUUAUAGUGAUAAUAAUGCCAAUAGUGAUUUUUGUAGUGCAGUACCAACACAAUUACAAAGAGCAAAAUCACAAAAACAAUUGAAUACAGAUCCAUCAUUAAUGCAUAGAACUUCACAAUUAUUAUGUAAUGGUGGUACUAGCAGUAAUAAUAGUACCACAAAUUCAAAUAGUGUUCAAAACAGUGGUUUAAUAAAUAGUAAUACAAGUAGUAGUUUAGCUAGUGCCACUGUAUCUGGUGGAGUUGUUAAUACAGCGAAUACAGCUGUUAAUACUGCAAAUACAACAAAUUGCACCAAAGAGUAUAUGCUUGAUAGUAAAAGAAUGUCAGUACUAGGUGAAUCACAAUUUUGUAAUCAAAGAUGGCCUCCAUCACAAACAACAACAUGCGGCGGUCAAGUUGUACAAACAAGAUCACAAGUAAUUGUUUGUAGUCCGCCACAUAUGUAGUGAUUUAUAAUUUAUAUAUAAAUUAAUUAAUUAAUUUAAUUAUAUAUAUAUAUAUUUUUUUUUUCAAAUUACUCUAUAUAUCCCGUCUCCCCUUGC